CACUGUGUGGAGUACGAUGGCACAUUCUGCUAUCUUGGACCAAGACCAGUUUAAUUGUUCAGUCUGUCUGGAUCUACUCAAGGAUCCGGUCACUAUUAACUGUGGACACAGUUACUGCAUGGACUGCAUUAAAGAUUGCUGGGAUCAGGAUGAUAAAACCGGUGUCUACAGCUGUCCCCAGUGUAGACAGACCUUUAGCCCCAGGCCUGUUCUGGGCAAAAACACCAUGUUGGCUGACGUGGUGGAGAAAUUAAAGAAGACAGGACUCCAAACUGAUCCUCCUGCUCAGUGUUAUGCUGGACCUGGAGACAUGGCGUGUGAUGUCUGCACUGGGAGAAAGCACAAAGCUGUCAGGUCUUGUCUGGUGUGUUUGGCCUCUUACUGUGAAACUCAUCUGCAGCCUCACCAUGAAUCUUCUGCUUUACAGAGGCACAAGCUUAUCAAUGCCACAGGAGAGCUACGGGAAAAGAUCUGCCCUCAGCACGACAAACUGCUGGAGGCUUACUGCCGUACCGAUCAGCAAUGUAUCUGUCUACUGUGUAUGAUAGAUGAGCACAGAGACCACGUCACGCUGUCAGCUGCUAAAGAAAGGACUGAGAAACAGAAACUGCAGGAAACGUCACAGAAGGAAUACCAGCAGAGCAUCCAGGAGAGGGAGAAGGAGUUGAAGGAUCUGAGAGAAUCUCUUGAGUCACUCACUCGCUCAGCACAGGCGGCAGUGGAGGUCAGCGAGAAGGUCUUUACUGACUUGAUUCGCUCCAUUGAGAGAAGGCGCUCUGAGGUGAAAGAGAUGAUCAGAGAUCAGGAGAAGACUGUAGCGGGUCGAGCUGAAGAACACCUGGUGUGUCUGGAGCAGGAGAUUGCUGAGCUGAAGAGGAGAGACGGUGCACUGGAGCAGCUUUCACGCACAGAGGAUCACAUCCACUUCCUCCAGAAUUGCGAGUCUCUCUUUUUCUGUCCUGAUUCUAGAAGCUUACCCUGCAUGACUAUAAAUCCAUCCACUUUAUUUGGGGAUGUGAGUAAAGCAAUUUCUCAGUUGAAACAGCGAUUAGAGAGCAUCUGUCAGGAAGAAUUCAUCAAGAUCUCUCGGACAGUGAAAGAUGUCUGUCUUCUUCCAGCCCCAGAACCCAUGUCUGGCCUUGUCUCUUCAGAGGCCCAGGCUGAAAGUGAGUCUGUGAGCAGGAAGCCUGCUGGUCUGUUUGGACAGGAACCGUUCUUUCACUGGCCAGCAGGUGGAUCACAGCAGGAUACAGUCAAGCUAAUCCCCUGCUUUCCAUCUAUACCCUCCUCUGCUCCAAUGUUCACAAUCUCACGGCCUCCCACCCACCAUACUGGCCCAGCAGAAACAGCCUCUUCUGGUUAUCGGCCCACCACAGGACGCAAGUUCAAAAAUGUAGCCAGACGCCGCAAAUAGGCGUGCAGUGAGAAAUAAAUCUGACAAGAAUUUCAUCUGUCAGUAUUUCAAUAUUAAUAUAUUAAUAUUAAUAUCUGAAUCUAUGUGAUUAGCAUUCAUGUAAGCUCUGCAUUGGGGGAGGGGGCAGCGAAAAGCAAACUACUGAAAAUAUAAGCUGUCUGAUUACAUUGUAAAAACAGUGGUAUUGUUGAACAUACAUUGCAGAGCUGUGAUAUUUGAAAUGAUGCAAUGUGUGACUGUAAGCUUGUGACAAACUCGUGUGAUGUACAGGAGCAAGAGAGACCCAUCCUGGAGAGGGACAAGGAGUAAUUGGGCAGAUGUCAGUUUGGUAUCUCAGCUGCUCUCAGUUCAUGCUUUAAUACUUACAUUCUGCUGUUCUGUUAUUGCAUUUGUACAUGAAAUACCACAAUAACUAAUCCCCUGCUGCAUUACAAUUGUUUGGUUUGAAUGCAAAAAAGUUGGAGAUUUUCCUAGAUUACUGUAAUUUUCUCUAAUAUUCAAUGAGGCAAAAUAUCAGCAAGGUCAAAAUGUGUAAAUACUCAAAAGACAGAUUUUUU